AUGCACCAUGCCCCAUGCACAUCGCCCUAUGCGCCAAACAAAACUCGUAUACCGAACCAGCUGGACUUGCAAGUGGCGAAGUCCUUUGCCGACGACAUGUCCCUCACAUUCCCCGGGACAAGAACAAGGGCGGGACAGCAACGGGAAGCCCUUCUCCCUCUGGUCAGCCCUGUUGGCCAUUUCUGGUCAGCCGCCAACACGAAGACGCAACCGGAAUACUAUCAUCCAAGUAUGUACGAUGUACGACGUUCGACGUUCGACGUUCGACGCUCGACGUACAUAAACUACAAAACAGGCGAGUAUGAUCGACAAGCACCCGUGAUGGUAAAAUGA